AUGGAUGCGCUGUUAACAAAGUUUAAUGAGGAUAGGAGUUUCCAAGAUGAAAACCUAUCUCAACCGCAAAAAAGGAUAAGAAUUGUCGAUGACAAUCUUUACAACAAAUCGAACCCAUUCCAACUAUGUUAUAAAAAACGUGACUACGGUUCCCAGUACUACCACAUUUAUCAGUACCGCCUAAAAACUUUCAGAGAACGCGUCUUAAAGGAAUGUGAUAAGAGAUGGGAUGCAGGUUUUACCUUGAAUGGCCAAUUAGUCCUAAAAAAGGAUAAAGUGUUAGAUAUUCAAGGAAACCAACCGUGUUGGUGCGUAGGAUCGAUAUAUUGUGAAAUGAAAUACAAACCAAACGUACUGGACGAAGUGAUCAAUGAUGCUUAUGGUGCACCAGAUUUAGCUAAAAGUUAUACCGAUAAAGAGGGUGGUUCUGAUGAAAUCAUGUUGGAAGAUGAAAGUGGAAGAGUGCUUCUGGUGGGUGAUUUUAUUCGGUCUACACCCUUCAUCACGGGCGUUGUUGUGGGCAUACUAGGUAUGGAAGCUGAAGCCGGGACAUUUCAAGUUUUGGAUAUAUGCUAUCCCACUCCCUUAUUACAAAAUCCUUUUCCUACACCAAGUGCUGCCUCUCAACCUAGAGGCAAAAUUGCGCUUGUCUCUGGAUUGAAUCUCAACAAUACAUCGCCCGAUAGGUUAUUGAGAUUGGAGAUUUUGAGAGGAUUUUUGAUGGGGAGAAUCAGUGACGAAAUUGACGAUAUUUCUAAAAUUGGUAGAUUACUGAUAUGUGGUAAUUCUGUUGACUUUGACAUUAAAAGUGUGGGCAAGGACGAACUGAUGACUUCUCUAACUGAAUUCAGUAAAUUUCUACACAAUAUCUUGCCAUCUAUAUCCGUUGAUAUUAUGCCCGGCACCAACGAUCCCAGUGAUAAGUCUCUACCGCAGCAGCCCUUCCACAAAUCAUUGUUUGACAAGUCCCUAGAAUCUUACUUCAAUGAUUCCAAUAAAGAAAUUUUGAAUCUAGUGACCAACCCUUAUGAAUUCAGCUAUAAUGGUGUGGACGUUCUAGCUAUUUCAGGCAAGAACAUCAACGAUAUUUGUAAAUACGUAAUACCAUCAAAUGAUAAUGCGAAAAGUGGAGAAGAAGUUGCACAAGAAGAGAGUGAUGAUUUUAAAGACGAUAUAGAGCAUCGAAUGGAUCUUAUGGAAUGUACCAUGAAAUGGCAAAACGUCGCGCCCACCGCACCUGAUACCUUAUGGUGUUAUCCGUAUACCGAUAAAGAUCCGUUUGUAUUGGAUAAGUGGCCCCACGUUUACGUUGUAGCCAACCAGCCAUAUUUCGGGACAAGAUUAAUGGAAAUAGGUGGUAGAAACAUAAAGAUAAUAUCUGUCCCUGAAUUCAGUUCAACUGGGAUGAUAGUAUUGCUGGAUUUGGAAACCUUAAAAGUAGAGACGGUCAAGAUUGACAUAUGA